UGUGGUGGUGUGAUGCCUUGAGCCGAUGCACUUAUGUACCAGGCUCUACUUUGUCUACAACUGGCCAUCGAAUGCCCUGGUACGAUCGAGGGUGGGCAGAUUCCAUUCGCCCUCUUGAAAUGUUCCCGCAUGACCUUGCGUAUACAGCCACUGUCAG